UCAGGUUGCUCACCAUUUAUACAGCAAAACUUGGUACUGAGGCUUCCAGCCCGCACUUCCCGUUCCCAUUCCCAUGAGCGAUCCUGGCGGCUGCGCCGUGCGGCGGCCGCCAACGGCAGCGGAGGUGGUGGGGCGGCUCAAGGACGAUGGCGACUUCGAUGCUCUCCGCCGCGCCAUCGUUCGGAAGGUCAAGGACAACGAGGUACUACGCAACAAAAUCAUCUCCGAGGUAAAGCAGUCAGUGGUUCUACAAGAAGAGGGAUCCGAGAGGAUGAAACUAAAAGACUUAUCUGAUGCAAUUUUUCAAGAUAUUGGGAGCAAAAUAAUGGGUGAAAUCUCAGAUGAGGUGUGGAAGGUCAUCCAGUCAAACGAAACUGAUAUACAGGGAACUGUGAAAGCUGUCUACAAUAGGAUACUGAACCCUGAAAAAAUCCCUGAGCCUUCUUCUAAGAAGCUGAGGGAAGGCAAAGAUGAACAAGUUUUGGCAACAAAAACAGCAACGACAGUUGCAGUCGAGGCAGAAGAUGAUGAUCCAGAGGAACCACCGGGGUUUGGUUUCGGCAAUUCUCAGCGUAAUAAUAUUGGAGCAACAAAGCCACCGAUGAAUUUGGAAAAUCGCAAUGAAGCGAAGCCAAAUGGAGGUGAGCCAGCUGCUGUCAGCAACCCAGGGGAUGAGGAGGAGGAUCCUGAAGUGCCCCCUGGAUUUGGUUAAUGCAAUUCUUUUUUUUCGAAAAUGUGCAUUGGCACUUCACAAACUUCAGUGGCAAUGCAGCAGUUUCUUUAUCAGCAAUAUACAAGAAGAGAAUUUUUUAAAUUUUCUGUUGUCAGGAAGAGGAAUGCUUUAGCUCAUAUCUCCGACUUGAGAGGUACCACAGUUGAAACCCCUGUAAUGGUCGCUAAAUCUAUGCAGCCGCAGGAUAUCUUUUACUGUGAUGCCGUGAUGGUGGCAAAUAUGUUUGGGCCUGACAACGAGUUGGUUGUGUGCGUAGUUUCUAACUAUCUGUUUCUGUCUU